AUGGCGCAAAAGAUGCCAGAAAAUCUCCAAACAUCAUUAGAAAAAGCAAUAAAUAAGGUGAAAGAAUCAAAAAUUUUAAAAGAAGUAAUAAGUGAUUUGAAAAACUUACCGGAAAUAUCUGAUAAUCAAGAAGUUAAAAAAUAUUUUCAAGAACUUGAUCAACAACUUAAAGAAUUUGAGGAAAAAGUUUUGAAAAUCAAAAAUUUUAAUAUGAUUGAUUUAGCAUUUGAUAUUCUUUUUAGUUUAGCUAGUUUAAAAACUGAAUAUUUUUUAUUUAUUGAAAAAGUGAAUAGUCUUGACUUAGAAAGCACUUUUUCAAAUGAAAUUGAUUGGUUAAUUGGUGAAAUUGAUAACCAUUUAAAAUUUUUGCCUAAAUGGAAUAAUUGUUGUAUCAAGAUUACUAACCAAUUUGAAGAUCUUAAUAAUUUUGUUAAUAAUAUUAAAGAUA